AUGGAGCACCCACACACUAAUAUUGUCCGAUGCAUCCUUUGCAUCCCCGAAGGCUUUUUCAUGGAGCGGGUGGACACAACACUACAAGCCCGCAUCGACCACCAAUCAGUACGGAAUGCACCGAGCACUUAUGCCAAGGCACGCUGGAUCACGCAAAUCGCAAGCGCCCUAUCAUGGCUUGAAGAGCUCGGUCGUGUUCAUGGCGACCUACGGCCAUCCAAUAUUCUCCUCACAGCAGACGAUAAUGUCCGUCUUGCCGACUUCGACGCGUCUGUCGAGAUUGGCGAACAGCUUCUUGUUGCAAGUGAGCCAUUUUGCAAGCUCGACAAAUAUUUCAAACUUCCCAACGCCGGACCGAUCAGCGAGCAAUUUGCCUUCGCGUCAUGCGUUUAUACGAUUCGUUUUGGCCGCAUUCCGUUGAGCGAGCUUGAUGCCCCUGACAGGGUUCGAAGUUUUAUCAAUCACAAGUAUCCUUCAACGGACGAAGACAAAGAGUUUGGGUGUGUGGUUUUGAGUUGCUGGAAUGGAGAGUACGAAUCUAUCAGUGCUUUAUAUAACGAGAUUAAAAGCCGUUGUGAGGCUGAGCCUGUGUCUAACAUCCUUGCGGACUCGACUCCUGACAUGUUUAGUCUUCUCACUGAGUGUGAGCAAUUUUUGGCGAACGAAGAACAGAAGAAACAAAACUACUCUAUUGUACUAUAG